CGUGCGUGCGUGCGUGCGUGGGCGCGCGUGCGCGGCGCCGCUGUCUGUGGGUUGGCUGGUUAUUUUGCAAACGGGAGGGGCUGUGCGCGCUCCUGCCUCCGGCCUCUGUCCCCCACCCCCUUCCCCGGUCCCGGUCUCUCCUUCGGAAAGAUGUCGGACACGGCAGUGGCUGACACUCGGCGCCUUAACUCGAAGCCGCAGGACCUGACUGACGCUUACGGGCCGCCAAGUAACUUCCUGGAGAUCGACAUCUUUAAUCCACAGACGGUGGGCGUGGGCCGCGCGCGCUUCACCACCUAUGAGGUUCGCAUGCGGACAAACCUACCUAUCUUCAAACUGAAGGAGUCCUGUGUACGGCGACGCUACAGUGACUUUGAGUGGCUAAAAAAUGAGCUGGAGCGAGAUAGUAAGAUUGUAGUACCGCCACUGCCUGGGAAAGCCUUGAAGCGUCAGCUCCCUUUUCGAGGAGAUGAAGGGAUCUUUGAGGAGUCCUUCAUUGAAGAAAGGAGGCAGGGCCUCGAACAGUUUAUUAACAAAAUUGCUGGGCACCCACUGGCUCAGAACGAACGCUGCCUACACAUGUUCCUGCAGGAGGAGGCAAUUGACAGGAACUACGUCCCCGGGAAGGUGCGCCAGUAGGAGCCCCUCUCACCACUUGCCCUCUACUUUCCUGCUGAAAAUGACAUUGGUUUUUACACUAAGCCUCUCUCUCUCUCUUUGAUCUGAAGUUGGCUGCCCAUCCCCUGGCCCGAUAGACUGGCUGGCAUUGUGUUCCUUGGUACCUGACUACACCGUGGGCACUCUGCUAGGAUCCUCUUCUCUAAGGAGAGGUGGGAACCACAGGCAGAUGCCCUUUGCUUGGGGUGCGGGUGGGGGGAUUGGACUGGAAGGCAAUUUCUUGGGCAUUUACCCAUGCCAGAAGGCUAAUCUUUUUUGGGGGGGGGCGGGUCUUGUGCUGGUGGGGCACUUGGAUACAUACUGAUGCUGCAAGUCCAGGGGAUUUUCUUACUCUUAGGUUUAACCAGGAACGCUGAGCAGGGAACAGCCCUGCAUUUCCUACCUGCAUGAACUUUUUCCUUUUUGGGAAGGUGGUAGAGACCCAAACGUUCUUGUUUUCUCUAGGCCUGCUUCCCAGUUUUCUCAACAGUUUCUUUUGUUACUUUCUCUCUCCCUUGUUGCUUUUCAUGGCAGUAAAUCCUAGAGUCUAAGCAGUCUGUUGUAUGGAGCAAGGUGUGUGGGUUUUCUGGGCCCCUCAUCAUGGCUGCUUCAGAGUCAGAAGAAAGCCAUAGGGCAGUAGGAGAACUCUUGUUGUCUAGCCCCUCUCUUUUGUGGCUCCCCACUCUGGCUGCCUGUUCUUGCUCAUCAGGAGGUGAGCCAGUAUGGGCCAGCAGUUCUCCCUCCCCAAGCCCUUGGUACUUUAUAGGUUAGCUUUGCAGGUUUGAUGGCUUGAGGGGUGGGGGCAACUCACCACUGCCAGGUAACUCCCUAAAGGGUGGGAGUGGAUCAUUUUCUAGGUACCUCCCAGUGGUGGGGAAGGGCAUCACUACCCUCCCCCUUCCAUCCUCCCUUCCCCCCAUCCCAUUUAGUGCUGCCAUAGGGCAGAAGCACAUGAACAAACCACACAGUCUCUGACUUCUAAGCACUUUGAGCUGUUGAAUGGGGCUCAGGGGCAAGAGUUGCCGCUGCCCUCCCCAGCUUGGUCACAGGGUUUUUGAACUGCCUGCACUCCUUUUCCAUGGAAUUCCAGCAUUAUCCCCAGAAUUUCAGCUAGAGAUAGCAGCUGGGUAUGGAUGUCCCAAAUCUUAGAGUCUGAAGCAGCUUUCCUGGGCUUCUGUCUGGGAGGUAGUGGUUUGUUUGCUGGGGCCCGAUAAUCUAUCUCCAGUGGUGGGAUGGGAGCAAGUUAACUGUUGUCAUGUCAAAAGUGGGGACUCUUUGCUUAGACUGUCCGUCAUGGAAGGAUUGGAAUUCUCUAUGCAGGGUCUUGGGGAAAAGGAUUAUAGAGUCUGACAAGACCCUGAUCAGAGAGAUUAGGAUUGCAUUUUGACAUGGGAUUUGGAGUCCUUCUAAAUGUUGACGUUCCCUGAGACAGAUCAGCUCUCCAGCUGCUGAGCCUGUACCAGGGGCUGAGCAGCCCCUAGAGAGAGGCUCUCUCUGCUCCCUUUCCCACCUCCCCAGUGUUGGUGUUGUUGCUGCCUUUUUGAUUUGUAUUCUCUGUUAUUGACUUUUUUUUUUAAAGAGUUCUUCUUUCAUUGUGCACAAGUGCUGAAAGCCUGAGGCCCCAUUUCUGCUGUGUAUAUAUCCUGACUCGGGGCUUUUAUUCAGCAAACUGUUCAUUCUUCUGUCAGACAAUGUCAUAUUCAACUCUGUUCAUAUUAAACCACUGUGAAGCAA